AGGAUAGGCUCGUCAUUACAUCCUUUCCGGGGGCAUUAUAGUCACUAGAAAAUCCACCUAUACAUACGAAUCUAAGCAGAGCAGCACUCGGCUUAUUGCAUCACUCACUCGUUCUCUCUCCAUCUCUUGUCGGAAAACCACAUUACCUCGCCGGAAAACCGCUAUUUCACUUUUUCCGGCAAUUACAAAACUUCAAUCACACACAUAUAUGCAUGUAUUGCGCUUUAUAAAAUGACAGUAUACGACGCUUCAUUGGUAAACAAUGAGCUAUCGAAACAAACCUCAAUCUUCGGGAUGAAGCUCGGAGUAGUGAUCGGAAUAUUCGUCGGAGCAAUUAUAGUUCUGAUACUAUUUCUACUCUCACUAUGUAUAACUUCACGCCGGCGGCGAAAAACGCCGGCCGGAAAGCUGGAAACGCCGGUGGAGUCGAAGGAGGUCGUGCACGAGGAUCAUCAUCAGCGUCAAUCAGUGCCGGAGAUCCAGAUCGACAUCGGAAAACAGGAGCACAGAGUGACGGUGUUCUCGUCAGAUCGGCAGUCGAGUGGAGAGAGUAGAGCGACGAGUGGGAACGAUACGGCGUCGUUUGGAGGGAGUGGAUCGUUGCCGGAAGUGUCGCAUUUGGGGUGGGGGAGGUGGUAUACUUUGCGAGAAUUGGAGGCGGCCACGAAUGGUUUGAGUGAUGAGAAUGUGAUUGGGGAAGGUGGUUAUGGGAUUGUUUAUAGUGGUAUUUUGACGGAUAAUACUCGAAUAGCAGUUAAGAAUUUGCUGAAUAAUAGGGGUCAAGCUGAAAGGGAAUUUAAAGUAGAGGUGGAGGUAAUUGGCCGUGUAAGGCAUAAGAACCUUGUCAGGUUGCUGGGCUACUGUGUCGAAGGAGCUUAUAGGAUGCUAGUAUAUGACUUUGUGGACAAUGGAAAUUUGGACCAAUGGCUUCAUGGAGAUGUAGGGGAGGUCAGCCCUUUAACGUGGGAUAUUCGUAUGAAUAUCAUUUUGGGGACUGCAAAAGGGUUGGCCUAUCUUCACGAGGGUCUUGAACCAAAGGUUGUCCAUAGAGAUAUCAAAUCCAGCAAUAUACUACUUGAUCGUCAAUGGAAUGCUAAAGUGUCUGAUUUUGGACUGGCCAAACUCUUGGGAUCCGAAAGUAGUUAUGUGACAACUCGUGUAAUGGGCACAUUUGGCUAUGUUGCACCGGAGUAUGCUUGCACUGGUAUGUUAAAUGAGAAGAGUGAUAUUUAUAGUUUUGGGAUACUCAUUAUGGAGAUAAUCACAGGGAGAAACCCAGUUGACUAUAGUCGGCCAAAAGGAGAGGUGAACCUAGUUGAUUGGUUAAAAUCAAUGGUAGGAAGUCGGAAAUCUGAGGAGGUGGUUGAUCCUAAAAUCCCUGAGAUGCCUGCUUCAAAAGCACUAAAACGUAUACUUUUGGUUGCUCUUAGAUGUGUUGAUCCUGCUGCUCAGAAGAGGCCCAAAAUGGGUCAUGUAAUACACAUGCUCGAGGCAGAUGACUUGCUAUCCCGUGAUGAACGAAGAGGAGGAGAAUCUUCACGUUCUCAUCAUGAUUAUAAAGAAGAAAAUCGUUCUGCACUGAAAGUCGCUGAUAAACAGCUUCAUGAAGGAGCAUCUGAUACAAGUGAAGCUGGAGAUAGUAGUAGGUAUUAUGAGCAGACUACACGAAGAUAACUUAGGAAUGUUUUAACUGCACCAGACUCAAGGUUCUGCUAAAGCUUAUUUACAUAUUCUUUUUCACUUUUCUUUUCACCCUUUAGUUUUAGCUUCUUUUGCUACACCAUCAAGCCCUUACAGAAUUGUAUAAUAUUCUUCCACUUGGCCAAUUAUUGAGUUGCAUCUGUAUAAUACAAAAUAUUUGUUCAACAUUCUUGCAUAAGUUAUAAAAGUAAUACUCAAUUGUUUGAUUCAAAGGAAUCACUCCAGAUAA